AUGGUGCAGGCAUCUAUUGACCUUGAUCUAGAAAGCCAAGAAUCCAUCAAGAAGGCGGCCAAAACAGCGGCAUCGGGAAUGCUGCAAUACUACACCGGCUACAGACCGGGUGAUGUCCCCGGUAACCUCCCAGACCCCUACUACUGGUGGGAAACCGGUGCCAUGUUCAACGCCAUGGUCGAGUACUGGUACUACACGGGGGAUUCGCAAUGGAACGAAAUCACCACGCAGGCCCUCCUACACCAAGUCGGGCCCGAGCACAACUACAUGGAGCCCAACCAGACCCGGACGCUGGGAAACGACGACCAGGCGUUUUGGGGCCUUGCCGCGAUGGCAGCCGCAGAGGUCAAGUUCCCUAAUCCGCCCGAGGACAAACCGCAGUGGCUUGCGCUGGCCCAGGGGGUCUUCAACUCGCAGUAUCCCCGCUGGGAUAACAAGAGCUGCAAUGGAGGAUUGAAGUGGCAGGUUUUCUCGUUCAAUAAUGGGUACAAUUAUAAGAAUACUGUCUCGAAUGGCUGUUUCUUUAACCUUGCUGCUCGACUGGCCGUGUAUACGGGGAAUCGGACGUAUGCGGAAUGGGCGGAGAAGACGUGGGAUUGGGUGUAUAAUGUCGGCUUGAUCAGCAAUACUUGGGAGUUCUUCGACGGUACAGACGAUAAAUACAACUGUACGGAUCUGAAUCACAUUCGAUGGACCUACAAUGCGGGCUUGUUCCUCCUCGGAGCAGCUCACAUGUAUCACUUUACCGACCGCUCCGACGUCUGGAAAACCCGCGUCGAGAACAUCAUCCGCGGCCUGGACAUCUUCUUCCCCAUCGGCGACAUCAUGAGCGAAGUCGCCUGCGAACCAAACGGCAAAUGCAACGUCGACCAACGAUCCUUCAAAGCCUACCUCUCCCGCUGGAUGUCCCACACCAUCCAAAUCGCCCCGUUCACCAAAGACCUACUCACGCCCAAGCUCCGCGCGUCAGCCGAAGCAGCUGCCUUGCAAUGCAGCGGGCCCGAUAACGCGUGCGGGUUACGGUGGAAUCGCAACGAGACGUUCGACGGCAGCACGGGCGUCGGCGAACAGAUGGCCGCGCUGGAGAUCUUUCAGGGUCAUUUGGUGAACUAUGUCGAUAAGAGGGUCACUGCGAAUACGGGCGGGAUUAGUAAAGGGGAUCCGAAUGCUGGGACGGGGAAGUCGGAUGAGGACUCGGUGGGGAUUCAUGAGCGGGUUAUUUCGACGGGGGAUCGGGUGGGUGCGGGUAUCUUGACGGCUGUUAUUGUUAUUGGGGCUAUGUCGGCGGUUUAUUUUAUGGUUGUUUGA